CCUCCCCCUCCCCCUCCAUCCCCUCCAACUUCAACUACUCCCUGCCCCCCGGCGGCUUCACCUCCGCGCCGCCCUCCGCCCUGCCGCCCCUGCUGGUGCCGCUCAUCUUCCACAUCCUCCUCUACCGCGACACCUCCGCCACCAGCAGCACCAGCACCCGGACCAACAGCAGCACCCCCACCCCCCUAGGUCCCCCGCAGUACGGCAGCGCCCCCGCCUACGUGGAGCGGCUGGUGCGGGUGGCCAACUACAUGGCACGGCCCGCAGGGGUGCAGUUCUUUGUGAAGGAGGUGCGCGCCAACGCCUCCUCGUACCCUGCCCUGCUGCUGCCCGACCGCGCCAGCUGGCUGAGCUGCCCCAACGGGGGCGCCUCGGGGGCCGCCUGCCUCAACAACGCCACGCUGGUGGGCAGCAUGGUUGCCGACUUCCCCCGCUCCAUCAACGUGUUCGUGGCCAGCGACUCCACCGCGGCAUCCGUGCCGCUGGGGUAUGCAUGGGUGCCUGGCUCCGAUGUGUUCCCCGAGGAGGGCUACGUGUUCAUGACCUGGGACGGCCUCUCCCCCGCCGGCUCCAACAGCGCCGCCGCCUACAACGACGGCCCCAACACGCUGCUGCACGAGGCCUUCCACCACCUGGGCCUCAAGCACAGCUUCAACCCCGCCAGCAGCGGACUCAACGGCUGCAACUUUGAUGACUAUGUCAUCGACACGCCCACCACGUACGGAGCCGCCAGCAGCAGUCGCUUCGCCGCCACCGCCACCGCCUACUGCAUGGAGCUGUUCUGGGGGCGCUACGGGGGCGACUGGGAGGCGGCCUACUCGCGUUGGAGCAGCACCCUGGGCAUCCCGGAAGCCGACAUGAACGCAUGGGCCGACACCUGCCCCACACGCGCCGGAUACGACGAGCUGGGGAACUACAUGACGUACAACACCCCGGUGUGCUUCGCGGCGCUGGGGCACUUCACGCCCGCGCAAGUGGAGCGAGUACAUCACGUGUCGUACGAACUGAAUCCGGUGUUGUACAGCUGGGCGCAGUACUAUGCGCAGACUGCGGCGCCGCCGCCUUCACGGCUGUCCCCGCCGCCUGAAUACUAUAACAACAUUUGCACGGCAACCAAGAACAACUGCGCCUGCAAGGACGCCUGGACGUUCAACAGCACCGCCUACUCCUACUGCGACAGGACGGGCCCCUCCAACAGCCUUACGUGUGAGGUGGCCAACCCCGGCGCAUGCUCGGACUGCGCUGCCGCCAACAAAACCGCGACGGAGGGCAAAUGCAUCCUGGCGUGUGCAGGUACCGCCCGGCAGUGCGGGCGCCCCGCUGCUCCCGGCACCAACAACCCGCCACCGCCGCCACCCCUGCCGCCUUCACCACCCCCCAUGCCGCCGCCGCCGCCGCCCUCGCUCGUCCCCUCGGCAUGCAUGAGGUCGCAGUCGGGGUGUGAGUGCCGCAGUACUUGGAUAUACGACACCUCCUUCGCCAGCUACUGCGCCUCCCCGGACGGCAGCUUGCAGCUGUGGUGCCAGGUGACCCCCACCUGCCCCACCUUCAACGUCGUCUACCCCUUUGAGAAGUGCAACAAGAACCUGACGUUCAGCUACUGCGAAGUGAGCCGGGUUCGCUUCCGCACAUCCCUCCUGCUGCCGGUUGCCCCCGUGUGGCCGCCGCCCUCCCCCUCGCCGCCGCCCAUGCCGCCACCCUCGCCGCCACCCCCGGCGCCCAGCACAGCUGCUGUCGCCAAAUCCUCGGCAGCUAUCUCCAUCGAGGUCGCCAACUGCAGCGCACUGGACCGCAAUGCCACGCUGGCGGUCACCAACGAACUGACCAACGAACUGGCGACCGCCCUCUCGGUCCCCUCCGACUUCAUCUCCAUCACCCGCACCUCCUGCAACGCCUCCACCCGCCCCAACACCCUGGCAGCCAACUACACCCUCUACUACCCGCCCAACACGACUCCAGUGCAGGUGGGCAACACCACACUGCGACUGGCCUCCACUCCCGAGAUGAAGGCCGCACUGAGCCCCGCCUUCCAGGCGACAUGGGGCGAUGUGGCGAGUGCCUCCUAUUCCUCCACCACCGUGCUGCAGCGACUGCAACUGGUGGGCGAGGGGCCCUUCUUCCCCACUCAGCUCUCCGAGGCCUCCUCCAGUGCGGGGCUGGCGCAGGUGCUGCUGCCGGACGGGGGCAUCGGGCUGUUCUGCAAUUCCAGCAGCUUCGGCGAGGCGGAGGCGUCGGCGCUGUGUCGGCAGCUGGGCUUCUCCGGCGGGGUGCCGUACCGCCCCGCCUCCCCCCCGUCCACCAGCGACCCCAACUACAAGUCCAGCCUGCUGCUGGACGGCUUGUCAUGCGGCUCUGCCACCACCACCACCAUCUCCACCACCUCCACCACCACGCCCGUGCCCUCAUUUAGCAGCCAGUGCACCUCCAGUGGCGGCUGGGUGGCGGCGGGGGCGGGGGGAUGUAACCUGACCACCGCGGCGGGCGUGCAGUGCAGCGGUCUCCUCGAACCGUUUGGUGGUUCGAAGCAGGCUGGCUUGCGUGGCGGUUAGCGGCGGCGGUUACCAGUUGCAAGUGCCGUACUCGCUGCAGUUCCCAAUUGGAUCCAAGGCGGAACAGGUGGUGGCUGCCCAGCAGCUCACCUCCGCCGACCUCCUGGCCGCCCGACUGAGCACCUCCUUCCAGCAGCGCUGGGGACCGGUGGCGGCGGCGCAGGGGGGGGACGUGACGCUCAUCGACCCGGAGGAACUGUGUGCGGGCAGCUCGGGGGCGGCUGCCGCGGAGGUGUGCGGCCACUCACCGCGCCUCUCCACCGCCCAGCUGGUG